AUGAAAAGUUCUAAAUUAUUUUGUUUUUUUAAUUUGUUAUUUUUCAUAAUUUUAUCGGUAAUACAUUUAUUUAAUGUUAAUUUAUUUUCGAAUGUAAUAUGUCAUUCGUUGGAAAAAAAUUAUCAAUACUUCUGGAAGAAAAUGGAAAGGAAUCUUGCCGAAGGAGAAUCAUCAAGUCAAAUAACUGGAAAAAAAUCAGAUGAUUUUCAACCUGGAAUUUUAUACGAACAAAUUAUUAUUAUAUGUGAUUGUCUUUUUGAUGGGCAUAAGGAUACUCUUUUUAAUAUUCGCAGUUUACCAGAUGAUAACCCUGAACCAUUAUGUUUUAAAGAUGGUUUAUUUAUUGGUGAUAAACUUUACCACCGUUUACAAUGGUCACAAUUAAAUCCAUCGUAUAAGUUAAUACGGAAUGAGAUAAAGAGAGUGAAAGAAUGUAAUGCAUUAAUUAUUUCAAUGGGUAAUAUUAGAGAUGUAAUAGAAUAUGUUUUGGAUAUUUUUAAAUUGGAAAAUGAUUUAACAAAAGUGUUAUUACAUAGUAUGAUUGGUAAAAGUCAAGAAGAUAUAACAAGAAUUAUAAGAGAUGAGAGUAGCAUAAUUAGUAAAAUUCUUGAGGAAUUACAAUUAAGGAAUUUACAACUUCCAGAAAGUCAAGUUAGAAGAUCAAUGUUUAGAAUAUCAAGACGCGCUCAUGAUAUAGCAAAUGAAUUAGGCAUUUUAUAUGGUCAUAUUCCCGAGCCCAUAGAUUGUUAUUUGGAGGAGUAUAGUGAUUGA